CCGGCCGCUCCGUCACCUGUAGAGUUGUCAUCUUAAGAGGACUACGAGAGGUUGUGCACGGUCUACAGCUGUGGUCUGGAGGCUCUUCUACUUCCCUACACUUACAAGAUUUCAACGAUGGUGUGUGUAGUGAUCCGUGCUGCGCUUAUGGUGGUGGUGGCGACGCUCCUGGUGGGGAGGUCGUCAGCUGGUGUCCUUCCUGUGUCACACUCGGAGUAUCAGGACUUGCCGCGACUCUCCACCUUCCAGGAUGUCCACCACCAAGUGUCCCACAACCCUGACGGCACCUACCACUUCUCCUUCUCCCUCCCUCAGCAGUCCAGGGCGGAGGAGAGGGACGCCGACGGCAAGGUCACUGGCUCCUUCGCCUUCGUGGACCCUAUCGGUAAGGAAGUGUCUGUUCGCUAUGACGCUGAUGACGAAGGCUUCCGUCCAGAGAGCGAUGCCCUCCCUCAGGCUCCUGAAGACACCGAGGACGUCGCCAGGGCCAAGGAGGAGUUCUUGAGGUACUACGAGCAGACGGCCAAGUUCCUGAAGGAAUUAGCAUCUGACGAAGACGAGGAAUCCUCAGAGGAAUCCGACGAAGAUGACGAUGAUGAAGAUUCAAGUUCAGAAGAAGAUGAUAGUGAUGAAAGUGAUGAAAGUGAUGAAAGUGAUGAAAGUGAUGAAAGUGAUGAAAGUGAUGAAGAGGAAGAAGGAGGAAGAGAGAGGAUUGAUGCCCCGGUAGCAGUGCCCCAACAACUGGCAACCAACAGUGUGUUUUUCCCUUACAAUGCUGAUACUUUCUUCGGCAACCGAGUGUUCACCAAUACCCAGUAGAGACCCUUGGUGUGUGUCUCUCUCUCCGGGUAGCUGAGUCUCUCUGUCUCUUAGUCUCUCUCUAUGGGUAGUAAGAGGGUCUUUAUUGUCUCUCCAGGUAGUUGUUGUCUCUCUGUCUCUAUCAACAAGGAGGCUUUUGAGAUCUCUUAAUAUCUCUCUCCACUCAACAAUUAUCUCUCAGUCUCUCUUCUAAAUCCCCAACCUAUCAGACAGACACAGACAGAGAUACACAGACAGAUAUAUCUCCAUUCUUAUGCUCAAAUAGCUUACACCAUUUAGCUAUAAACCUACAGUCCGCUUUACUUCAAUAUUUUCCCAUAUCAUUCUAUACAAUAAGUCUUUUUUACAUAUAUAUUUUUUACAAUAGAUAAUCUUUUUAUACUGUGUUGAUGUUGUGCCAUAGUUAUUUAUUUUAUAUAUGUGUGUUAACUUUUAAUUACUCCGUUGUCUUAUGAAUAAAAUGGUCCAUAUUAUU